UGUAUCCAGGUGCGCCUGGUGCAAUGCCCGCCGAGCGGCGGCGCGGCGGCGCGUCGGCGGCUCGCGGGACACUCGCGCGCGGCGCACAAGCUGCACGUGUGCGCCGCCGAGCCGCACCUCGUGACGUCGGCCGGCGAGGACGGCAUCGUCAUGCAGUGCGACGUGCGCGCCGAGCACGUGGCCAGGCUCUUCCACGUUCGCGAGCGCGGCACGACUGUCCCGUUAUACAGCGUGAGCGGGCACCCGCUGGACGGGCAGCGGCUGGUGGUGGCGGGCCGCGACAAGUUCGUGCGCGUCUACGACCGUCGCCGGUCCACGCGCCCGCUCGCGCUCUACUGCCCCAAGCACUUCCACGAGCAGCCGAGUGCCAAGAAGAAGGUGCGCAUGUCGAUGAUGCACCUGACGUGCGCCGUGUACAACCACGACGGCACUGAGAUCCUCGGCUCCUACAACGAUGAAGACGUCUACCUAUUCGACGCCAAGGCCGACGUCUAUGACAAGGACAGCACGAACGAGAUAGACGAGGGCUACACGCACCGCUACAGCGGGCACCGCAACAGCGCCACGUUCAAGGGCGUGGCGUUCUUCGGGCCGAAGAGCGAGUACGUCGUCUCAGGCUCCGACUGCUCCUACAUCUACAUCUGGGAGCGCGAGAGCGAGGCCAUCGUGCAGUGGAUGCAGGGAGACAUACACGGAGUUGUGAACUGCAUAGAGGCCCACCCUAGAUUCCCAGUGCUAGCUACGAGUGGGUUAGACAAAGACGUCAAGAUAUGGAUCCCGAAGAGCGACAGUGAUCCUACCUACAGUGGAAUUGAGAGGGUGGUGAGAGAAAACAGCGCGUCGCAGCACCGCAGUCCCCUGUUCAACGACUUCCUGCCGAGCCUGUACAGCGCGUGGCGCGGCGCCGAGGCGCACCUGUUCACCGACAACUCGCCCGCGCCCUACGGCAACAUCGAGUUCGACGGCAACGCCUGCGUCGCCUUCUGACCGCGCCCGCCGACCACGCCCGCGGGCCGCGUCGUCCGACACGCUUCGUGCGUCAGAACUACGUUUCUAGGAAGCGCGCCACGAGAAACUUUUAUCGAUGCAUUUUGUUUUUACACGACAAAAAUCGUCGAAAAGAUUUUAUCGUGGCGCGCAUCCGAGCCCGUUUGGUCCACAGAAAAAGAUAACCGCACCAAAAUUUUUCAUUUGUUUUUUAUAAUUUUAGUUGGGUUUUAGUUAACUUCUGAAUUAUGCUAAAGUCCGGUCGCCGAGCACGUAGAAUUUCGUCCAAUGACCCCAAGCUACCCAUCCUUAUCGCUCGCGCGUAAUUAUAUUGCUGUCGCGACUGUGCGACGGGCGGCCGCAGUGAGUGUGCGAGACGACCAAUCGCAAGACUUGUUGACGUGUAAACGUCGGACAGAAAACAGGUUAUAGGUACACUGCGCCCAUCACAUAUUACGUUCAUGAAAAAUAUGGGUUCUUUCUUAUACAACACGUCAAAGCACCGUACAAUACUGACGAAACUGACGCGGCGAUGACCAGUGUAGGUAGACUAUACAAAGUAACAUUCAUAACAGUUUCAAUUUCGUUAUUUGCUUCACUACGUUAUUUUUCUUGAACCGAACUACUAUCUUGAAGCGAUCGUGAAUUUGAAUCAUUCUAAGAACUGACGACAGAUGGCAGGACUUAGGUGCUCAUGACUGACUAACUUUUCUUACAAAACAUAUUUUGUAAAGUUUACACUGCCCAAUAAAAAAUAAUUUCGUUGUUCCAAAUAAAAAUGUUUGGUUCCAAGAUUGUAACCCCACCGCCAUAACCAUAGUCAGUCGCAGGUCAUUGACCUUCCAUACGUCGCGUCGCGCUUAUCGCUCACCUUAGACAUAGCAGCACCAACAUUAUAACAUUGAAAUUUGUAACACCGUAAACAAAGAAGCCAGUCUGUAAGGUCAUUGACCCGCAAACUAAAGGUUCAAUAAACUACACUGUCGUCCAAAGGAAAAGUGUCGUGUUGAAAAAAGAAAUUGAGCUCUUGUCACCAUUUAUUCAGCAACUGACUGUAUUGUAACACUAUCAGCUCUCUAUUCUAUUUAUUGAAAUGGUACUAAGCUUUUUUUUUUUAAUUUCAAAUGUAAUAUACAUUUAACACCGCGCGUCUCUUUUCCUUAGGACCGCAGAUAAAAUCAUAACUACAAUUACCGUUUUAUGAAAGAAUCUAGCAUUUUUUUACUAUGUGAUGUCUAGAGUAUGCGUUUUUAGAAUUUGCUAAUAUACAGAAAAAGGGACCAGGCGGCGGCGCUAUGUAACAACCCUUUAUAAUGGACAAUUUGACACCAUUCUCCAAUAAUUCGAAAUUACAACUUCUCUAUUCCUAAAUUCUUUAGAAAU